UGAUGAAUUUGAUCUAAUUUGGUUUUUGCGACCUUAUUAUCAAGUCUUUCAGUGCAAUAUUCAAUAUAUAUUCGCUUAUUUCCUUAUUUUUAGCGAUUACUUUACCAGUAUCGUAACUAUUUAUAUAUUUUAUUUAAAUAACUGCGAAGUGCCGCCUUCGCUGAAUUGGAGGGGCUGUUUUGCGAUGAGUAAUCCCGUUUCUUGUGUCGAGUGACGUCGUGCAGCGGUAGCCGGCGCGCAGCUAUCAGACGUUAGUACGUCACGAGGAGGAGGCACGACAAGACCCCUCCGGCACACCCUAUUCGCGAUCCUACCGCACCCUUUAUCGAUUGUCGUCUCUGGUCUCGACCACGACUUAAUUUAUUUUCAAAAUUCAAAAUGGAAACUACAGAUCUCCUCGGAGAUUUUGCCAGCGGCGACGCCGUUCCGGCGAGCGAGGCGCCUCCGUCUCAGACUCUUAAACGCGACCAGGACUCCACUGACGACUUUGAGCAUCUAGAGCGCGAGGGUAAGAAAGAUGAAUUUGGCGAAUCGCCGAGUCACCAGCACGGAACCGCGCGAGCUGCGACUCAGAACUUCCUCGAAAUGGAGCGCGACGAGUUUGUGGACACGCCGCGCGCUCCGUCUGUCACAGACAAACUGGCAGACCACAUAGCCGACAAGUUUACAGACAGCGAAUCGGAGGCCGACACAGCAGGCGAGUCUCCGCUCCACCGCCCCAAACCGCCGGUGCAUGUGGACACUGCGCCCGCUGCCGAAGUUACCAAGCAGGAGCCUCGUGCGCAACCCGAUCCAGCGCCUUUACAGGCUGCGGAGCCGGCUACCACUGCCGCUCCGCCGCCGACUCCAGCGCCUUUCGUACAUUCCUUGCCGCCGGAGUUAUCAGAAACUGGCAUUGAGGCUAGAGUUGAACCUGCGACACCAGCUGCUGAAGCCCCGCACAAGGCCCCGUCACAGCCCGCCGCGCCUGCAACCGCAGCGCCUGCAACCGAAUCGAAGCCUGAGUCCGUGCGAGCGCCAACUGCACACGUCAUCGAGGCCGAGGUCAUCUUCUGCCAGAUGGGAUUGGAUGCUUGGUUCGACCCGCAAAGACUACACCCAGAAGUGGAGGCACUAAUCUACUGGCGGUGCGCGGCGCGUUCGGGAGCCGCGCUGGGCGGCGGACUGGCGCUGCUGGUGGCGCUGGCCAGCUGCUCCGUGGUGUCUGUGCUGGCGUACGCCGCGCUACUGGCGCUCGCCGCCGCCCUCGCCCUGCGCAUCUACCGCAACGUGCUGCAGGCCGUGCAGAAAACUAACGACGGUCAUCCCUUCAAGUGGCUGCUGGAGAAGGACAUCAGCCUGCCGGCGGAGAGAGCACAGGCGCUGGCCGCCGCCGGCACCGCGCACCUCAACGCCGCUGCGCACGAGCUGCGCAGGCUGUUCCUGGUUGAGGACCUGGUGGACUCGCUGAAGUUCGGGGUGCUGCUGUGGUGCCUCACCUACGUCGGCGCCUGCUUCAACGGCAUCACGCUCAUCAUACUAGGUUGGAUAGCGCUCUUCACGCUGCCGAAGGCGUACGAGAUGAACAAGGCGCAGGUGGACGCCAACCUGGAGCUGGCGCGCGCCAAGAUCAACGAGAUCUCUGCCAAAGUGCGCGCGGCCGUGCCACUGGGCAGGAAGGCGGACGCGGACAAGGACAAGUAAGGAGGGCGCGGCGUGCAGCGAGCGGCGAGCGGCGAGCGGCGCGGAGCUGGCUGAGCAGGCCGCCGGCGCGGUGGGCACGCGCCCGCGGCGCUGGGCUACUUUCCCUGUUUGUUAUAUUUAUUAUGUACUAUUAAAGAUACCUUACGUGUAAAGCUUUAUGAGAUGAGUCAUGCGGAGAUUAUUGUAUUUGCUUUUUGAAAUUUUAAAUUAAAAUAAUUAUCGAACCGAU